CCUCUCCCGUUUCCCAGGGCGGAUGCGCCUGCGCUCAGCUGCCUGGGCGGGCUGAGAGGCGCGGGUUGAAAAGUCUCGUUCCAAGUUUGGAGAGGAGAGAGAGGAGAGCGUCUCAGACCUCGCUACCCGCAAGCGGGGAGGAGGCAGAAGAGAAGAGCGCGGCGUCUGGGUACAACCCAGACGGCCAGACUGAGCUCAGGCUUGCCGAGCUAGGAGUGCGUAACGUGCCUGGGAAAGGCAGGAGCGCCUGCGACCGGGUUGCUCUUGACUAGCGAGAGAAGUCCGAGGCGGCAAAGGGGGGCGAACGACCCGACGCAAGAUGGCGAGUAAAGAGAUGUUUGAAGAUACUGUGGAGGAGCGUGUCAUCAACGAAGAAUAUAAAAUCUGGAAGAAGAAUACGCCGUUUCUGUAUGACCUGGUUAUGACCCAUGCUCUUCAGUGGCCCAGUCUUACCGUUCAGUGGCUUCCUGAAGUGACUAAACCAGAAGGAAAGGAUUAUGCCCUUCAUUGGCUAGUGCUGGGCACUCAUACAUCUGAUGAGCAGAAUCAUCUGGUGGUUGCUCGAGUUCAUAUUCCCAAUGAUGAUAUUGCCACAAAAACACCAUCUUCUGAUGUUUUGGUUUUUGACUAUACAAAACACCCUGCAAAACCAGAUCCAAGUGGAGAAUGUAAUCCUGAUCUUAGAUUAAGAGGUCACCAAAAGGAAGGCUAUGGUCUUUCCUGGAAUUCUAAUUUGAGUGGACAUCUCCUGAGUGCAUCUGAUGACCAUACUGUCUGUCUGUGGGAUAUAAAUGCAGGACCAAAGGAAGGCAAAAUUGUGGAUGCAUCCAACACCACUUCUAAGCCAAGCCAUUUGGUGGAUGCACACACUGCUGAGGUCAACUGCCUCUCUUUCAAUCCCUACAGCGAGUUCAUUUUGGCAACUGGUUCUGCAGAUAAGACUGUAGCUUUAUGGGACCUGCGUAAUCUGAAACUGAAACUCCACACCUUCGAAUCGCAUAAGGAUGAAAUUUUCCAGGUCCACUGGUCUCCACAUAAUGAAACUAUUCUGGCUUCAAGUGGUACUGAUCGCCGCCUGAAUGUGUGGGAUUUAAGUAAAAUUGGAGAAGAACAAUCAGCAGAAGAUGCAGAAGAUGGCCCUCCAGAGCUCCUGGUAUGCAUUAGAUAA